AUGCGAGCUAUCAUGACCGUCACUGGUUCAUUUAAGAUUGUGCGAUAUAAGGGUCAUAAUCAAGAUUGCGCAGCACAUUACAGUGAUGAACAUCCCUUCCUUACUUCUAAUUUUGUUACUGAUCUUAUUGUGGAUAUGAUAAGAGUUAAUCCAGCUUUCAAGGUGGAGUCAAUUGUUAAUUUUGUUAACAAUAAAUACGGAUUCGUUAUAACAUACAAGAGAACUUGGUUAGCCAAAAAUAAAGCAAUAACCAAAGUCUUUGGGGAUUGGGAUAAGUCUUUUGAGGAGCUUCCAAGGUACCUGCAGGCAUUAAUGCAAUCUAAUGGAGGAACAAUGGUGCAUUGGGAAGUCCAACCGAGAAUGGAUCCUACCAGAGUUAUUUUUCAGAGAAUUUUCUGGGCUUUCGGACCGUUCAUUAAAGGUUUUCCUUACUAUCGUCCCCUUAUUUCUAUAGAUGCACACAUUUUUACGGAAAGUACAAAGGCACACUUAUGA